AGCGACACGCCCGGCGCGUGAAUCGCCGCGGAGCAGUCGAUGAGCGGAGCAGAUCGGAGACAAGCGACGGCAUGGAGGAGUAUCAGAGAGUGACCGGCAUCAUCGUCGCUUCCUUGAUGAUAUGCAUUGGCUGCAGUUGUUUGGCCAUUUGCACCUGUUGCGGCUACUUCUGCCUCAACGGCGUCCCGAAGCGCUACCACGCCACGCUGGAGGCCUUUGUGGAAGAGCUGCAGCGGAAGGAAUAUCUGCCACGGCUCAACGACGAGACGCCAGGCUCAGAUGAGACAGAGAAGUCCGAGCUGCCGGAGCUGGAGGAUUUGGAGCAAGUGAAAGAUGCGCGAAUCCUUCACGCGGUUUAGAUCAUGUCAGCAACGGAUGUCAAUGGUGAUGUUGCAGGUGUUCUCAGU